AUGAUAAAUCUUGCAAAUAAGCCACUGACGAUUCUUCCCUUGCAGACUUUGCUCUAUUUUGACUGGCUGUAUUCAGCUUGGUACUUUGCAGUAGCUACUAUGAUUUAUAUAUACAAAGGCUCUUAUCUGAUUUAUCCUUAUAAUACAAUUGCUCCGGAAUAUGCCGGGCUGUGUUUUUUUGCCGUUUUGCAAUUUUUUAGGAUUUUUGUAGGUAAUAAUAAUGCAGGCUCUGUGGCUAAUAAAAGUGAAGGUAUCAGUGCUGUUUUGUGGUUUCUUGCCUUGUCAAUCCCAGCUAUUUUGGCCAGCAUCUUUUAUAUAGCUCUGCAAACUUUUGUGUAUUUUUUAUUCAGGUUUAAUGCUGACGUCGUGACAAAUGCGAUAUUACUAUUUUUCCAAGUGACUGAGGCGAUCUUUGGGUUUUUGAUGUUUAUUAAGUUUAAAAAAGCCCCACCUAGAGGUAAAGCUCCAUUUUAA